GCUCGGCGAUCGAGCGCUCGGCUGUCAGUGCCUGCACGCAUGGUGCUUCCGGUGAGCCUUAAGGCCGUGGGAACCUCCGAGCGUGGCGUCAGCCCUGGUCUGCAGCCAUGGCCUCUCUGCAAGCCAAGGAUACCUAUCUGCAGGAUUUGGCCAAGAAGAUCUGUGCACAGCCUGGCCCCGAGCGGCGGAGGAGCGAGUGGGCUGUCAGAACAAAACACUUGGAAGCUGCCGGGCCCCCGAAAAAGAAAAAGAAGAAAACACAAAAGAAAUCUCAGGAGCAGGGACAGAAGGCUACAGAACACAAGACUAAGCCCGUAGGGAAGACGGUUCCCACCUCUUCUCAGGCUAAGAAACCAACAGUAUCCAAACAAGAGAAGAACUUCAGCUCCCUGGAGUCUCCUGAAGAGAGCCAAGUCACAGCACCUGAUUCUGUCUUUGCACUGGAUUUCCUGCGACAGCGGCUGCAUGAGAAGAUCCAGCUGGCCCGGGGCCAGGGCAGCCCCAAGGAGCUGUCUGCGGCCACUCUAGAGAAAAGACAGCGGAGGAAGCAGGAGAGGGAGCGGAAGAAGAGGAAGCGCAAAGAACUUCGAGCAAAGGAGAAGGCUGCAAAGGCGGAGACAAAGGAGGAGCCAGCCGAGGCACCCCCAGAAGUGGCCUGCAAGGAGCCGCAGGAGUCGAGGCUGAUCUUUAAUAAGGUGGAAGUGACUGAGGACGAGCCGGCCAGCAAGGCGCAGCGUAAGAAGGAGAAGCGGCAGAAGGUGAAAGGGAACCUGACGCCGCUGACGGGCAGGAACUACAGGCAGCUGCUGGAGCGUCUACAGGCGCGGCAGGACCGGCUGGAGGAGCUGCGAGAUCAGGACGCAGGCAAGGCCCAGGAGCUGGAGGCCAAGAUGAAGUGGACCAACUUGCUGUACAAGGCGGAGGGCGUGAAGAUCCGUGACAACGAGCACCUGCUGCAGGAAGCCCUGAAGCGCAAGGAGAAGCGCAAGGCGCAGCGGCAGCGCCGGUGGGAGAAGCGCUCGGAGCACGUGGUAGAGAAGAUGCAGCAGCGGCAGGACAAGCGGCGCCAGAACCUGCGCAAGAAGAAGGCCGCGCGGGCCGAGCGGCGGCUGCAGAAGGCCCGCAAGAAGGGCCGGGUGCUGCCACAGGACCUGGAGCGUGCUGGCCUCUCCUGAGCAGCUUGCACCUGCCGGGUUCCUCCCUGGGCACCUAGGUGACAGACUGGGUCUCCUGCGUGAGAUGUACACAUUCUUGCACCACACAGCAAGUGAGGGCUCCAAUUGUGUGCCAACAGGAUGUUUGGCAUCAUCCUUAAGUAGGAUAGUGUCCUAGCGUCCUCCAGUCCCCGGGAGGGAUAAAGGGGAGCUAUGCACAAGUUUUGUGUGUGUGUGUGUGAGAGAGAGGGUGGGGGGAGAAGAGAAGAGAGAGAGAGAGUGUGUGUGUGUGUAUACAUGUUUUUGAAGGCUCCAGAAUUAGGGGAGUAGAGAUUGGGGUGAGGCACCCUACUGACCUCUUCAUAUGCACCUGUAUUUCCAGUGGCCAUGAGAACAAAAGGCCUUGACUACUGCUGUGUUCACAAGCUCCUGGCAACAUAAGAGAGCCCACAGGAUUCCUGGGAGAAUCGGAUCCAGUCAGGCAUGUGUCUGGGCCAGAGCUUCAGAGUUACAAAACCAAGUCCUUCUUGGGUCCACAGGAUGUGCCUUGGGUCACAUGGCCACCUGUGGGCCAGUUGGUGGCAGAGGCUUGGGAUGUAGUGGUAUAUUGGUUAGUUUAUGUCAGGUUAACACAAACUAGAGUUACCUGAGAAGAGGGAGCCUCAACUGAGGAGAAAACCAGUAGACUGGCAUGUGGGCAGGUCUGGUACACUUUCUUUACUGGUGAAUGAUGUGGUAGGGCCCAGUUCUUUAUGGGUUGGUGGUCCUGGUUCUCUAAGAAAGCAGGCCAAGCUAGCCAUGGGGAGCAGCACUCUAUGGCUUUUGCUUUAGUUCAUGCCUCUAGGUGCUUUCCUCUAGUCUCUUGGUGAUGUACUGUUACCUGGAAGUGUAACAUGAAAUAAAUCUUUUCCUCCCCAA